CUACGCAAAGUCACUGCAGGUAGCUGGGCAGGGGCAGAAAGACUGCAGUCACACACAGAGAGAGAGAGAGAGAGAGAGAGAGAGAGAGAGCUCCCAUAGCACUGCCGAACGGCAGAGCAAAAGCGACUCUUCAUUGCUAACUCCCGCCUGCGUGCAGUCGACGUAACUUUUCCAACAAAAAAAGCAACUCCCCUUCGGAUGUGUAGGUUGUGUCCUUUGUCCACAGUUCGGGCUCGUCGCUGGGUGUAUUUUACGCCUGCUACGUUAGUAGCUGGAACAACCAAACGAGAUGGGGGCGAAGUAGGUGGCUCGCCAGAUAAGAGUGAAGGUUGGACUGUCUGUACUGCAGUGGCGGUGGGAAGCCUUGGUUGUGGUAUGCGGACUAAGUAGCUAGGAAGCAAGGAUACGAGUGAAGAAGGAAAACGCUGAGUUAAGUGUAACUGCAUUCUCGCCUGCUGUGAAGUGAAUGUUUGAACUUGCAGUGUGUUUUAUACACGACUGCUACCUGGUUGCUAGCUAGAAGCUACAUUGAACACACAGAGGGAGAGAGAGAGAGAGAGAGAGAGAGAGAGAGGGAGAAACUUUCCAGCCUGACGCAGAACCGCAGACAUGCAGUUGACAGAGAUCCUUGGUUCAGGAACCUUCCUGAUCCUGCUCCUUGUCCCGUGGUCCGACAGCCUUUCCUUGUCCCCGGAAGAAGCUAACCAGUUCUUGAGGAGACACAGGAGAGCGAAUCACGUUUUCGAGGAGACGAAACAAGGGCACCUGGAGCGAGAGUGUGUGGAAGAGAAGUGUAGCAAAGAGGAGGCGAGAGAAGUAUUCGAGAACGACCCUGAAACAGACUACUUCUUUCCAAAGUACUUGGCGUGCAUGGAGAAGUUUGGGGACACGGACAAGAAGAAACAAGACCUGAUCACCUGUGUUCACAAUAUUCCAGACCAGUGCUCUCCAUCUCCCUGUAAUCCUCGAGGUACGGUGCGCUGUGAGGACCAAAAGGGCGACUUCCUCUGCCACUGCUUCACUGGCUGGACAGGAGUCCGUUGUGAGAAAGAUGUCAACGAGUGCAUCAAGAAGAAUGGAGAAUGUGACCACGAGUGUAACAACACUAUAGGUAGCUACCAUUGCUCCUGUCGCCGCGGUUACAUGCUGGUUGGACGCCAGAUGUGUAACGACGUGGAUGAGUGCCAGGAUCCAGGUAUGUGUGGGACAGCGAGGUGUGUGAACCAGGAUGGAGCCUAUGACUGUCUGUGUGAGACGGGAUAUGUUUACGACCACAACACCAAGACCUGCCUAGAUGUGGACGAGUGUGAGCAGGGAGUGUGUGAGGAGUGUGUGAACACACCCGGUAGUUUCCGGUGUUUCUGUGACGGUCGGCAGGGCAAGAAGUUGAGCCACGACCUCAGGAGCUGUCAGGAGAUCACUACAUGCGUCUCUCUCACCAUGAAGAGGAACUCCCGUUCUCUCUACCUGGGCCGAAUGUUCAGCGGAGUCCCAGUGGUCAGGCUACGCUUCCGCAGGAGAGUCCAGACUGGCUUCUCAGCUGAGUUUGACCUCCGUACCUUUGACCCAGAGGGGGUCAUCUUCUUCGCUGGUGGUCACCUGAACAGUUCUUGGAUUGUUCUUGCAAUGCAUCAUGGGAAACUGGAGCUGCAGCUGAGGUACGGGGCGGUCAGCCGGGUCACCAGCAGCGGGCCUGCCGUCAACGACGGACAGUGGAGAAAGAUCUCAGUGGAGGAGCAGGGGCGGAGUCUGGUGAUAAAGAUUGACAGGGAGGCAGUGAUGAAGAUAGCUGUGAAUGGAGAUCUGUUCACCCUGAAGAAAGGCAUGCAUGAACUCAACCUGACUGUAGGGGGCGUCCCUUUCAAAGAGGACAGUCUCAUCAACCAGGUGAACCCGAGGUUUGAUGGCUGUAUGCGUGAGUGGCGCUGGUUAACCGGAGAGGAUACGUCCAUUCAGGAGACCAUCAGGUCUAAUGACAACAUGCAGUGUUUCAGUACAGAAAACCCCGGAACCUAUUACCCUGGGACAGGCUUCGCUCUGUUCAACAUCACAUACGCAGAGUCCCAGUCUCUGAGUAUCCAGCUGACUCUGAGACCAGCCUCCACUGUUGGGGUUCUAUUGGCCCUGGUUUAUCAGGACAGCGUCCCUCUCUCCAUCUCUCUCUCCGACUACCACAGAGACAACCAGGAGUGGCGGGAGUAUGUCCUGGUCUCUGUGGGUGACGUGAUUGUGGCCAGCGCCCCGGCCUUCCUGUGUGAUGCAGAGGUUCAUGAGGUCAAUGUGACGGUCAGUGGGAACCUGACCAUACUAGAGGUGGACGGUCAGCCUGGACAGAGUCACACCACACCUGGACAGGAGACGGUUGACCUCAGCCUGCCUUCAACCACCUUUAUAGGAGGGCUCCCCGACGUGCCCCUGGUGUCGACCCUGGUGUCGUCGUUCUACCGCGGCUGCAUGGAGGUGACGAUCAACGGCCUGGCUCUGGACCUGGACGAGGCCUUCCACAAACACAACGACAUCCGCUCCCACUCCUGUCCUCUGCUGGGGGGGGCCUUGUGACCGCUGCAGUCCCCUUCAGCCCCGUCCUCAAUGGAGCAGGGGGGAGUUGCCCCUAGACACUGAUCUUGGGUCAGUUUGACAUUUCCCCCACAGAUGGUUAAGGUUAGGAUUAGGGGGAGUGGAAGCUGAUCCUAGAUCUGUAGCAAGGGGAGACUUCACCCUGUCCACUACAGUCCACCAUAACCCACAGGGCCUUAACCUAAGCAAGGAUUGAGUCCAAAAUAGCACUCUAUUCCCUAUAUGACCCCUAUGGGUUCUGGUCAAAACUAGUGCACUAUUUAGGGAAUAGGGUGCCAUUUGGAAUGUACCCAGGAGCUGGCCGAGUGGCCAACCCUUCUCCUGACCAACCCUCAGUCAUUCUGCCCUCAGCGUGAUUGAAUGUAGGAGCAGCACUCUCACAUCUGAGGUUGCAGGUGCGUAGAGGAAAAUUCAGUGAUAUCUUGAAAACAAAAAGCCAAUAUUUCACACGGCUCUUGACAGUAUGUUUUAGUGUAAUAAGCUUAUGUAUCGGCCUCACGGCCUUCGUCAGAGCUCACGGUGAUCAAACUGGAUCCAUAAGUGGAAUAACUGGCAGUACUCCAGAAGAGGUUUGGUCAACUGACCCAGUCCAUUGUGGAACAAACCCUAUAAGGUGUGUGGGGUGUAAUUCAGUAGCACAAGGCUUUGUUGUUGUAAAACUUGCACACCAUCGCAGGUGAAAAUGGACUGAGUUUAAUAAAAACAUCUGUUCGGUGCUUUCCAACUUAAUGCAAACUUAGUCUACCUGCAAUUUAGCUCUGCACACUGCCUACAGAUUACAACAUAAGGCCUUCUGUUAAUAUGACCCCAUUAAAGACCCUUCCUUCCCCUCCCAAACCAUGCUUCUAGUCCUCCACAGUUACAUCCACCCACCGUCAGCCAAUGAAACACUCCAUACUGUCCCCCUUUCACAUGCCCCGCCCUCCUUCCCUCAGUAUCACCAAUCAGCACACGCCAGGAACACACUUUAAGCCAAUCAGACGAGGCUAAUUAACAUGCAGUAACCAAUCAGACACACGGGAAGGGAGCACUGCUUCACCCCACUGAGCUACUGAGAGAAUAGGAGUGGAAGUGUUGUAAUAUACUGUAUGUGUAAAUAAUGUGAUGCUUUUUAGAAAAAAAGACAAAAGGAAACAAACAAAGACCUGAACACAUUGAGAGAAUCACCCAAAACAGUUUCACUUCUCUACAGAAUGUCAGAACAAACCUCUUUCAUCAUUUCAUUAGGCCAGAAAGGUAUUUCCUCCUCUGGGAUCUAGAGUUUCUUGAUGAGUUUCACAAUGGAGCGAUCAAUGGUUUUCUCUUCUGCGUUGUGUGUUAUUAUACUAUAGGUUUGUUUGGCUGCUGAUUUGUUCUCCUGUCUUUAAGUCUUUACAUCCCUGAUCACAUCAAUUCAGUCUGAUUUGAAAACGUAAUAAAGAUGAUGACAUGGGAGUUUUAAAA